CGCCCCGCCGGCCGCCCGGCUCCCCGCCGCCGCCGCCGCGCCUGCUGCAUGCUCGGUGCCGCCUCAGCCCCAGCCGGAGGUGGAAGAUGGCGGAGCCGGGGCCGGAUUGCAGCUCUCUGCUCGACGAGGAUCUUUCCUCCUUCGUCUUCAGUUACCUCGCUGACAGCCAGUACGAGGUGUCUGGCGAGGAGCACCUCUACUCUGACUUCCCUGAGAUUGAUUUGUCUCAGCUGGAUGCCAGCGACUUCGACUCAGCCGGCUGCUUCAGCGAGCUGCAGUGGUGCGGGGAGCACUCGGAGACUGACUCCAGCCAGUACAGCACCGAUGACUCCGAGCUCUUCCAGAUAAUAGACAGCGAGAAUGAAGCGCUGCUGGCAGCCCUCACGGAGACAUUGGAUGAUAUACAGGGAGAUGACAUGGGCCUGGCUGCCUUCCGAACUAUGGAAGAGGGGGACACGCUCAACCAUGUCUGCACCUCGCCUGCCCCCUCCCCCAAACCCACCGCCCCGGUCACGGGGGGGCCGCCCCCGGCCCCCGAGUUUGAUGAGCUGUCUCUACUGAAGAAGUUGCUCCUGUCUCCGUCACACGUGCCUCUGAGCUGCGAGGCUCAGCGGGAUGGGAGUGCCCGGCGCCCGGGGACCCCCAAGUCCCGACUCGCACGGCCCUGCACAAAGGUGGAGGGUCCCCGGGACAGGAGGGCGAGUGUCCCACAGGCACAGAGCCGCAGCUGCACUGAGCUGCACCGGCACCUCACCUCCACCCCACCUUGCCCCCAGACCAAAGCCUCCCAGACAUCUGAGGAGUGCCCCAGCAGCAGCCACCACCCAUCCCCAGGUGACUGCACCCAUCAUGAGGAUGACAGUGACUCCAGCGAGGACUCACUGAGCUCUGCCGACUUGGUGACCCCCCCUUCCUCAGCGGAGGAUGGCUCCGGCAGACAGUUCUCCUGUGAGGGGGAGAUGCACUCGGUGGUGGAGCUCAUCCGCUACAUGCACACCUACUGUCUGCCGCCACGGAAGCUGCCUGCCCGCGAUGCCGCUGACACCAAGCCCCAGCCCUGCAGCAGCCCCUUCAAGAGAGUCAAACCGGACUGCCCCGCACAGCCAGCCCCCCCUGGCAGCGCCCAGAGCCGGCCGGGCUGCACCUGGCAGGUGGCUGGGGGCUGCAAGAAGCCUGGAGCAUCCUUCUCCAUCCUUAAGGAGCUGCUGGCACGGGACCUGCUGUGUGACGUGAGCAAGCCAUACCGCCUGGGCAAGCCUGUGUACGCUGCCCUGGCCCGGCCGCCCGGCUACUGCUCCCCUGUGCCACUGGCCCGGGAUGGGGAGGAUGCCAGCAGGACCUGCACAUCCAGAGCCAAAAUGGCACCAGAGAAGAGUGAGCUGCAGCAGAGUCCCGGGGCUGAGGCAGAGGCACCGCAGGAGCCAGGUGGCUUCGAGGACGAUGCUAGCAAGCAUGUGGGUGCACUGGGCACAGCUGCGGGGAAGGUGGCCCGCAAACAGGAGAGCACCGUUUAUGCCGUUCGCCGGUCCAAGAGACUCAACCCCGAGCUUGGGCACUGGCUCUCCUUCCUUGAUGAGCCACCCCCAGAGCCCUCUGUCCCCCGGGAGGCAGGGGACAGCCCCCAGGAUGCCCUGGCCUGCAGAGAGCCCACACCAUGCCCAGCACCAGAAGGCUUUUCUGCUGAGGAGCCCGCGGCCGAGGUGGAGGUGGGGGGUGCAGCACCACUGGCAGAGCCUCAGCCCCUCUCCCUGGGCUCCCCAGGGGAUGGUGAGGUGGGCGACGGGGCUGAGAGCCGGCGCUGUGCCCUCCUGGAGCAAGCAGAAACACCCAGGUGUCUCACGCUGUCCUUGGCACAAACUGACCCAGCCUUCGGGAAGAGAAACUUUGAGCCAAUGCUGACUGUGGAGCUGUGUGGGACAGCAGGUCUCACGCCGCCCACCACUCCGCCAUAUAAGCCCGCUGAGGAGGACCUGUACAAGCCAGACAUCCCCCAGGAGGCAGGGAAGGAGGACGGGAUGGCCCCCAGCCCUGGAGGUACAGGGGAUAUGGCAGCCUCCCAGAAAGCCCCCAGGAAGCACCCUGAGAGGACAGAGCUCUUCGCCCACCUGAGCCGAGCCGCCGGGCGCCCUGCGCUCCCCGAGCAGCCGGGCAUACUCAAGCGGCCCUUCUCCCGCUCCUUCGGGGACCACGACUACUGCCAGGUGCUGAAGCCCGAGGCCACCCUGCAGAGGAAGGUGCUCAAGUCAUGGGAGCCCUUGGGACAGGUGGAGACAGAGCACAAGAGGAGGGUCCCGGCUGCCCACUACCAGGGGCUGGAACUCGGUGGCAAGGAGGCGGGCGGUGAGAUGCUGUGGAAGGACAGUGUCAAGCAGCUGAGAGACCAGGAGAUCAGAGCCAGCUUAACAAAGCACUUUGGCUUUCUGGACAGUGCUCUUGAUGAUGAGGACAUGGUCUUCUGCAAGACCCCUGAGUACGACACUGUCUUUGAAGACAGCUGCAGCGAGAGCGGCUCCCCCCUGGAGGAGGAGGAGGAGGAGGAAGAGGAGGAGGAGGAGGAGGAGCAUGGCGACACCAAGCUGUGCCUGCGGAGAAACCCCCUUUCCAGAACCAGUUUGCAUUACUGUUCCCGAAGCAGGUCCAGCUCAGGGUCUUCGUGCUGCAGGUCCCGAUCACCUGCAAGCAGACGCACCUUCAGGUGUGAGAACGGUGAGCAGUGUCAGGGCAGGAGCGGGCAGCGGGGCCAGCUGGAGAAGAGACGGGAAAAGGCCAUCGGAGAAGGCCGGGUGGUGUAUAUCAGAAACCUCUCGAGCAGCAUGAGCUCCAGUGAACUAAAGAAACGCUUUGAAGUGUUUGGAGAAAUUGUGGAGUGUCAGGUCCUGUCCAGGACUAACAGGGGGGAUAAAUAUGGCUUCAUCACCUACCGGUAUUCAGAGCAUGCCGCCUUAUCUCUGAAGAACGGCACGUCGCUAAGGAAGAGGAACGAGCCUUCGUUCCAGCUCAGCUCUGGUGGCCUCGGGCACUUCUUCUGGACCAGAUACACUGACUUGGAUUGCAGCGCGGAGGAGUCCUCCCCAGCUCCAGUGAAAAGCAAGUACGAGACCAUGGAUUUUGACAGCUUGCUGCAGGAGGCCCAGCUAAGCCUGCAUCGGUAACAGCCUUAACCUUGGAGGAAUACCUCAAUACCUCAGUCAAGGCACUUCCAAUAUGUUUACGUUUUCAAAGAAAUUAUUCAGUCUAUGGAAAGCAAGAGAGAGCGAGAGAGAGCGAGAGCACGCACGCACGAGAGAGAGACUGCUGUCCCUUCCGAUCGAUGUUUACAUUGAACAAAGCUGCUUCUGUCUGUGAGUCCCCAUGGUGUUGAUGUCUCACUGCCACACGUUAGUCCCUCUGCUUCUGACUGGUUGUUUUAGGGUGAGCCUAGGAGCCCCCCAGCCCCUCUCCCCCCUCCCAGCCCUCCUCCUCCCCGUGCUCCCACCGCGGAGUUGCAGCUGUGUUCACCAUAACAUUUUUUUGUCCGUAGUGUGUGAUGAUGAAAUUGUUAAUUGUGAAUAGAAUCAGGAUUAUAAACUAAUUUUUAAUAGAAGAAGAGAAAAAAAGUAUAUACUUAAAAAAAUGUAUUUAUGGCUCAGAUGUACUGUAAUUCAGAUUUAUUGUACCGCUUCCUUGAUUUUUAACUAUGCACUGUAAUGAGGCAUUUGCCACUCAGCAAAUGGGGGGUCAGAGCAGAGUCACGGAGCCGGCAUUCGCCUGUUGGCCACGGAGGCACCCGCCUCCCCUGCUGGCAAACUGGGCUGCUCGGCAGUCACUUCGGGGUCACCCACUUUGCUGUCAAAGCCAUUCUUCUCGCUGGCGUGGCCCAAGGCCCCCAGCCCAGCUGGGUGGCAGCACCCAGAUGCUGAGAUUGGUCCUGGCGUGUGAUGGAACCAGCAGGCGAUGGGGCACGCCAGCCCCCUGCCCUUCUCGCCAUGGGGCCAGGCAGCUUUGCAGGUGCAAAGGAGAAGGGUGGUGGAAGGAUGCUCUGCCUGGGGGACCGUGGGACCAGUGCUUGCCAGGCAGCACUGCUUCAGCCCUCCGCCACCUUUGGAGCCAGUGAAGAGGGGACAGAGCUGGCCAGGCUUGAUCUGGCAGGUCCUGACAGCGCAGCCUGCGGGGUUGGUGCCUCCAGGUCUGUGCGAUGUAGCUGGCUUCCCUCUGGCUCCUUGGGCAGCUGGGAGACUGGCUGGGCCAAGCGGCUUGCUCCCCGCUCGCUUCCACCGCCUGCAAAGCAAGCGGGGUGAGAAGGACCCAUCUGUGAUCCCUGCCUGCCCACCCACCCAAACCCCAGGGAAGCGGGAGGGGGCACAGCAGCUGUGCCGAACGCCUGCCCCAGCCAGCAGCCCGCCUGCACUCUGUCCGGUACCUGAUAAGCCAUACCCUUCCCCAGCACCCAGUUGGCCCCCAGGAUCCGUCCCCCAUGCCACCAGUGCCCCAUGGCAUGCUUGCUCACCCUGCCUCGGGCCAGGGGCCCUUGGGGCUGCCUGGCAGAGCUGGAUUUAAGGCAUGCUCAAGCAGCACCCCCCUGAAAUCUGCUUGCAAACUUGCCCUCCGUUUCCGAGCGAGGUGGGCAGGGGGAGAGCCCACCACCGGCUGGAGCAAAGCCCAUCACAAGCCGGCCAAGAGGUACUGUUUUCCUGAGGUAGCGGGAGUCUUCCUGCUCCUCAAGCCAUUGCCAUCGUCUCCAUUUAUUUUUUCAGACCCAGAGACCACUAGGGAUUCAGCCAUCCUAUGUAGAUAGAAUAUUAUAGCCUUAACUCUGCCAAUAGAUAGAUUAGAGUCUCCUGGGGUCUCCCCUCAACAUGACUUAGGGGUUUUAUUCUCAUUUCCCUGGCGUGGGUACUGUUUUGUCUUGCAGGGAGUAUGACCAAAGCCUUCGAAAUCACGCAAGAUGUGAUGCCAAGAGCUGGAGCCCUGCCGAGGUGGCCCUCGGCUCCAGGGCCGUGUACGCGGCUGGUCUCUGGCAGGAGCAGGAAUGCCGGCAGCACCGAUACCAGCACAGUUACCUGGCUAUUUCUCCCUGCUUUCAGGGAAGCUGUGGUUCUGACAACAACCAGCCUGGCAGUGCAAGGGCCACCGCGGGGUUUGACCUGCAGGUCCCCAAUCUGCCGCCGGCGACAAUCCCUGUCAGGGAACAGUCCUUGUGCCAUUUCAGGCUCAGCAGCAAGGUUUGGCAUCUCUCCUGCCACAACCUCCCCCCACUUGUCAUCCUACCUUAGCAAACACAAGUAGCUCUGACCGAGACUGAGCAUCUGCUAUUGGCAAUUGCCUCAUUGUAGCUUUGCCUUUUUCUGUCCUAGUAUUUCCUCACAAUGAUGAUGUUUACAUGUGAUUGCUAUAGAGCUUAUGUAGAAUGUAUAUAGCGACACAUUUAGGGUGGGUAGUACUGUCCUGUGCUGUGCUGAUGUUUUCCAGAAAACGAUCAAUCCAAAAAAACAAACAAACAAAAAAAAAAGCAAAGUAAGUGGAAUUCUUCCAUCUCCCGCACAGCUCUGGGCACCGAGCCCCCCCGGCCGUGCCCCGCUGGGGAUGCAUCAAGCGUGGUGGAGGGAAGGGUUAGUGCAGAGCUGGGGGGGACCUCUCCUGGGGGGUCACUCAGUCACUGCCCAAGCAUUGGUUUCAGUGUACCCAGCUAUAGAAUUUCGCAUUGUUUUCCUGCAGCUGGGUGCCCCGGGUUGGCCCAUAGCCCCUGCCCAUGCCCGGCUUCUGGAUAUUGAGGCCGGUACUCGGGAAGGGGAGGGCUCGUCCUGCACAGAGCUGAUCAGUACUGCACCCAUAGGGUAGAAAGAGAUGCAAUAAGUGGUCUUUCUGGUGCCUGAAGCCUAUAAGUGGGUUUGGGGUUUGGGUUUUUUCUUUUUUUUUUUGGUUUGGGUUUUUUUUCUUCGUUGUUUGGUUGGGGUUUUUUCCAUUAAAUUGGGAUGGUUUGUUUUCCCUCCUUCCCCAAGAAAUUUAUCCAGGAUUUACACACUAUGCGCAGAGGUGUGCGAGGUGCAGAUGUGCAGCCGUGGCUGGGGCAGCCCUGUGCCACUGCCCGUCGCUGCAGCAGGGGAGAGCAGGGGUCAGGUGCUGUCACCCCAGGGCUGUGCUGUCACCCCAGGGCUGUGCUGCCUGCCCCAGCGGCUUCCCCCAACUUUUAGGACUGGGUGAGAGUGGCGGGUGUUCAGCUCAAGAAGCACAGGUCUGCUGGGUUUAGAAUCCCUCACGCAGGGUUUGUAGUGAAAAAUAGGUUUCUAUUUGAUUAUUAUUAUUUUUUUUAAAUAUAGUUGUCUUGAGCUGGCAGUGCCCGAGUCCGCAGAGGGCCAGGCAGGAGGGCUCGGGCACAAGGGCAGGUGGGAGCUCACUGCCUGAGCAGCCUGCGACUGCUCCAGAUGCUCAUGGGGAAACGGGGCAGGAGCAAGGCGCUGCCCGGGCGCUGUGCGGGAGAGGCAGCCCGGGCUGCUGGGGGCACCCAGCCAGGCCACCCAGUCUGUGGCAUUGCAGCGGGUGCCCCAGUGUGGGUGCAGCUCAGAGCUGGGCACCCUGAAAAGGGAACCCUUGCACCCCAGCCCCCUUGGCAGCCCCGGGGAGCUGCCCCCCACCACCUGCAAGGGCUGGGGCUGCAGGCGGGCAAGGAGCACUACUUCAAAGAGAAACUGGGAGCAAAAGGGUACGUUACCAUAGGCAGUAAGUAAGGAGGAGAUCUAUUUUUUUAAGAAUAUAUAGUUUCCUGCAGGUGCUGUGGGGAAAUGCUGAAUGUGAAGAGUUUUCGUGAUAAAAUGCCCCUUUGCUUUUUUUGCACAGAUUUGCCCCAGAAAAGCUCAUUGUUCAGGACGGGGUACUGGGUUUCUGGCUGGAAUCCAGUGGGUCCCUGGGGCUCCUUGGGAUGGAGCACAUGUUUCUGAGUGUCUGGGCUGAAUGCAGAGGACAAUCCUGGUUUUUAGAUUCAACGCUGCCCCAACGAAUCCCGAUCCCUACUCAGCACAGCUGGCUGGGUUGCACAUCUCCUUUAACAAAGCAGCAGCUCAGUCACCAUGUUACAGUCCUGAGUGUCUGAUUUCAGCAGUGGUCCAUGCAAAGGGGUGUUGCAAUCGCAGACCAGCACUUUUCUUUUUUUUUUGGUGGGUUUUUUCCUUUCUUUCUUUCUUUUUGGAGGUAUGCUGAAACUGAGAUACAAUGUUGUUCGUAGCUGUGCCCUGACACCCCUUCUGUUCUAAGCCUCGUAGUCCAUCCCUGACAAUCUCAAGCAAUAUAGAGCCAAAUGCAGCCUUCGGGUUUCAUUCCUCUUCACUCGCCCACCCUGGGGUCAGGGGCGGCAGCAGCCCAGGGCCCACGGCCACAGCGCCGAGCUGAGAGCCAUGCUGCAGUAAACACUGAGUUGGGGAGGGAGUGUGUGUAUGCAUGUGAGAAAGAGAGAGAAAGAUUAAAUUGAUGCAUUUCUUGAGAAAGGUGUAAGAAUUUCACCUAAAAAGGGGCACAUCUGCUUUGUUAUUUAUAUAAAAAAAAAAAGCUAAAUUCUGUCUUUUUCUCCUUUUUUUUUUUUAAGUAAAAGGACACUGCUCAUAAUUAUUAGGGGCCAAUUCUGCCUCCCUUCCUCAUACUGAGUAAGUACUACUUAACUGCAAUUUUCUACUUGCAGAGUAAGUAAAAGUAGCAGAAUUGAUCCCUUUGUGAUUAAGAAUCAAGUUUUUAGUCUGUUGGGUUUUUUUUAAUUGGUAGCAUUUUUUUAUAUUUCACUUAAUUUUUUCCCCAGUUCCGUUCUGUUGUGUCCUUAUUUAUGUAACAUACUUUAACCUUAAAAGAUGGCAUGGAUUCUUAUGCCUUUCCUUUAUUAUUAUUGUUAUUAUUUUUAAAAAAGAGAUUUAUUUCUAGUGUGAUUUAACUGUCUACCUUCUAAAACGAGAGAACGUUUUCUUGUAUUUUUACAUUGUCAGAUUCUAUAGUUUCAUAGAUAAUUUAACCAAAUCGCUCAAUGUAUUAUCUAUAUCUAUCUGGUGGGUAUAAAAGUUCUAUUUUAAAUUGUGUAAAUACUUCAGAACUGGCUUCUUUUUCCAGACUCCCCUGCUGUGGAGUUACUUGUUUACAUCAAAAAGACUGUAGGAUCUCUACGCUCAUGUACUGUAAAUAGUGAAGUGAUCUGCCUAUAAAUAAACGAUAACAUAUACACUAUAAAGUGGAAAGGAAAAAAAAAAGGAACAAGUCUGUGCUGCUAAUACUUUAGUUUAUUAGUGCAAACCUGCCCUGGGAGGAGGCGUUUUGCUUUGCAGAAGGUGCUUUCCUGCAUCUGUCUGGCAAGCAGUGGGAUGGUGGGGGCACAGCUGGGGUCAGGGGGGUGGCGGAGCCCCCCAGCUUGCUCACACCAACACUGCACCACUGCCAGAGAUGCAGCUCCCAGGGGGAAAUACCUCUGUAUAUUGCUAUUUUAAGUGUGGCUUCUUCCAGUUUUAACUUGUGCAGGAAAAGCCUGCCACUGCCACAGGACCCAUCGCAGAAGAAUGAAGGGUUAAAAAUGAAGUGGGGCAUGCACCUCGCGUUUGCUUGAGUGGGAGUAAGAGAGCAAAGGGCUAGAUUGCAAGAAAAAGUGUGGAGAAGACUCCAGAUGGUGGUGCAGCAACUGUACGGCUCAGGAUGGUACCUGGAUAGCGGUACCAGGAGAGCCGUCACCUGGCAGCCACCCUGCUCUCCCAGAGACACAGCCAAGGUGGCCAAACUGCUCUUCGCCAGCAUAGGGUGUCCUGGUCAUCAUGGGAGCCUGGGAAGGGAUGGGAUGGAAAGCCUAGGCAGUCAGCAGCAGCCCGGGGGCAGCCACCCCACAGCAUGCAGGAGCCCAGGGCCCAGGGCUCGCCGGGUCGGAGACGCUGCACUGAAUUUAUCUGGAGCACGGUGCGGUGGUGCUGCUGGGCAGGAGGACCUCAGCAGCCCGAAAGGAGGAGGUCAGCAAGGUGCUGAGCUGUCCCAGCUAUUUUUUUUUCUGCCAAUUUGCACCAAUUUAGGUAGUUGCCUUAGACCUGCCCGUGCCCAGCGCAGCACAGGGGGUGGGAGCCCAGUGUGGGUCCCCCUGCCCAGCCACAGAGCCAGAACCAGCCUCCCCCCCUGAACCCAGCCCCUGGUCCUUGCAGCUGCUGCACCCUUGAGUGGCGAACUGGCAGGAAGCCUAUUUCCCAGCUUCUUUCCAAAAAAACCAGGUUUCAGAGCCACCGAUAUUUUUUUCUAAGACACAUAAGGGCACAGUGACACUGCCAGUGCCAGGACAGAUUAAAACAUGAAAUUUCAAGGGGGAAAUUUGGGGAUGCAGCUGGGGUAGCCAGUGUCAGGGUGCCCAGGGUGGAUGCAAGCAGGUGCAGAGGCACGGGAGCGGGGUCCCUGGCUGGCAGGGCUCCAGGAUGGAGUGGAAGCAGAUGAAGGAAGGGGUCUGCAGGGAGGGCAGACCCACAGCUAAGGCUUGUCCUCCCAGCCUGACCUGUGCUGCCCAGACCUGCCUUCCAAGGCAGCUUUCUGGAAAAUAAAAGGCUGAUAGUGUUUAUUGAGGGCUAUCCUGCAAGCAGACCUAGAGACUGAAGGGAACUGUUGGUGAAUCGCCACAUCAGCUCAGCACCUCCGUCCCAGCAAUUAGUCCCAGAAAUUACUUCCAGCCAUUUGGAAAAAAAACCCAAUAAUGUGACAGUUUUCAUUUUGGUAUAACGUUAUGGUACAAUGGCUUUUUUUCGCACAGAUGGGCACUGCUUCGAUAGUAGCUUCUGUGGCUGCUCUCCAGCUGCAGGAGGGAAGGGAGGCGGUGAUACCUCCUGGGACAGGCAUACCGUGCCUUGUGGGAGGGGAAAAUAAGUCAGUAACAGGCUUUUGUGAACAGGGACAGCUUCCGUUGCUUACCAUGGCUGGCUGCCACCUGGCAGGCAGUGUGGGCAGCAGGUAGCGUGGGCAGCACAUGCAAUGCAGGCAGCAGGCACAGCAGGGGCUGCAGGGCCAGCGUGUGCGGUGUGGUGGUGCCCACAUCUGCCCAGCUGAGAUCACAACUGCCCCCAGCUCCACCGGCUUGGUGGGACCUCCCCCUGCCCCACGGGCAAGGGCCCACAGAAAGGCUGGUGGGCAGGCAGAGGCACAGCAAGGCAGGCUCAUGAAACGCCUGUUGCUUGGGUUUUAUUUCACUGCCUGGUGAGCUGUCCUGGGCUGCCCUUUGGAGUUUCUGUUCCCACCUGUGCCCUGGGCAAUGGCAUCGGACAGCAAAUCCUGCUCGGGGCUCUGCUAGGCACAGGACCUCCCUGCUCCCUGACAUGGACCUCAGCUUCUGGGCCACACAAGGUCUGCACAGAGGACCCUGGAGGACAUACUUCAAGUAAUGUACGCAUUUGCCCACUAAGCAUUUGUCAGCCCGGGUCCAUGCAGGUGUCUUUUCAGGGAGGAAUAGGGACAGGCUUGGUUUCUUUGCUCCCUGCCAUCUCAGGGACCUCUCUGCCUGCUGGUCCCACUGUACUGGCCUCCUGCCUGCAGCAGCUGCCCACAAGGGACUCCUGCCAAGCCCUGCAUCUCUCCCCCUAAGGCACCUGCAACCCCCACCUCCUGUGUUUGCUGCCUGUCUUUAAAUGCCGGUGGAGAGCUUUCUCCAGGUGCUGCUGGGUUUGUGUCCUGCAUUCUCUGUUCUCUCUUUCUCUCCCCCUCAGUCCUUGGCUGGAUAUGUUCUAAUUUUUCAUACGCCAUCUCUGUCUCCAAAUACCUUUUCAAACUCAGGCUUGGACCCCUUGUGUUUCUCAGCAGCCUCCUGCAGAUAAGAAGGCACCAUCCUCUCCCCACCAGCUUUUUGAGCACUAAUGCUGCUCUCCCAAAACCUGAUGACCUGCUGACUCUGAGGGAGCGUUUCCAGCUCCUUAUGUCCGCAGGCUCUUGCUGCCUGCAGUGCACAGUGGGCCCCACUCCGUGGUGGCUGAGCGGACCCUUUGAUGACCAGGGCAACAUCCUCCCCGGCAGCAGGUGCGAUGGGUGAGAUGCUGGUGCAGGGGUCUCAGAAGGCCACCAGCUCCACGCAGCAGUGCUGGGGCUGCUGCCUCUCUCCUUCUCUAAGUCUCUCUUCUUCCCUUUCAGCUUGACAUGCACAAAGCCCCCUCUUUGCUCCUGCAAUCCUGCUUUGAUCACCACGAGCAAGCAGGAGGAGGCUAAGCACCAAAGGAAUACCAAACGGCUGGAGAGACCAGGCAGCUCAGGUUUGCCAGGAGCUACCCUCUGCCUGCCUGCCUGCCAGUCAACAGCCUGAGGAGCAGAGGGAAAACACGUCCUCGUUGCCUUAAUAAUAGCAAUAACUGUAGAGGAAGACUCUCCACACUGCGGUAGUGCACACAAGCAUGCGAUGCCCCAGGCUCUCAGUAAGCCCUGAAGCACAAAGGCUGACUGCCCACACAGAACCUGCUGGAGAAGGGCACUGAGAGUGCAAAGCUUGGCACAAGCUGUCUGUCAUCUGUAUCUGCUCGCACUGGUUUUGGAGCACGCAGAAUCUUCAUCGCAGUGGAUCUGCAAAAAAGCAGUGUCUGACCGGAGAGAGGCAGGGAAAGGAUCUGGCUCACCACUGCUAAAAGGGAAAACUCUUGGGUGAAAGCCCUGGCUUUCAUCACCAUCACCUUCUCCAUUCAUCACUGCCAGCUACUGAAAGUCAGCCCCAGGCAGGACCUCGGCAGUCCAAGGAGGAAAGGCAACUCCUGCAAUCCCCCCAGGAUGUGGGGCUCACCCUGGCGUGCUCACGCAGUGGAGGGAGGGACACAGCUCUGAGCAUCCUCACUUCUGAGGUUCAGCUCACCUUCAAGUUUACUUCCACGAAACACAAGUCCAGGUCUGCUCUGCUGGGUUUUUCCAAUUGGCCAAAGCCAACCAGCACUGAAAUAAUGUUGUAUUUAAAAAUUACAUAGAAAAAUAAAUGUAUCUGGCAACUA